AUGGCUCGACUAGACAAUCUGCCGUUGGAAAUUACCUACGAGAUCUUAUCUUACCUGGAGAUCCCAUCGCUGCUUUGCUUCGGAGAGACAUCGAAACAGAAUCGGGCAAUCCACCGGACCUUUUUCACCACACUCCACCUAGGCGUCUUCCAUAGUAAAAUAAACAGCCGGAUAGCCUAUAUUUUGGACCAACUACCCCAGCAGACUUCAGCUACUGACAGACACAAGUUGUCCGUGAUUCUGCGACCAUCCAAAACGCGCACAGCAAGCUCGACCAUUUUAGCUCAAAAUAAGAUCGCGUGCCAGGCCAUAUCGCCGUAUACGCAGACUCUGCGGGAUCUGGAACUGACGCUCUGGGACCUGAGCUCGGCCACGGUCAAAAUUUUGUCGCAGAUGACGUAUCUGCGACGGCUGAGCCUGAAACUUGAUCACUCUCACGUGCGGCACGCAGAUCUCGAAAAAGGUUUCUGGGACGUUGCCCCACCGUCAAGAAUGUGGAAUCAUUUGGCUGGGAAAUUCGCUGUCCUGGAGAGCCUCAAUCUAGAGCGUUGCGGAAUCACCGAUUAUCAGCUGAUGCGAAUGAUUGAGCCGUCCCGACGUUUCCGCCAUCUUCAGGUACAAAAGUGCCUGGGACUUGGUGAGGAGUUUUUCGAGUAUCUGGCUGCCCUAGAAAUUGGCAAAAAGUUGGAAACCCUCAUGUUCACGAGAAGUUGGAAGGAAGAGAUUGAUGAGAGAAUUUAUCCGUAUAUAACAAGGUUGGCGAGCCUAAAGACCCUUUCCCUGUACGACUGCCCAAAUAUAGAUUGUGACGACUUGAGAAGUAUGAAUGAUACAAUCUGGCAUAUUCCAGACCUCAUUGCGCCUUGCCGCUCGUACAUUCCGAAUGCACGGUUUAUCGAGGUAGAUCCGGAAUAUGCAUAA